GAGGAGCCAACCAAUUGAGAAUUUGCAGACAGUGUGGGCUGUUUUUUUGUUGGUUUGUGUCUUUUCUGGGCCUCGAAAGGAUCUUCUUCUUCUCACCCUUUCACUAUAAACCCAGAAAAUCCUCUGUAACUUUUGUUUCUCGAUCAUUCUUUACUCGAUUGCGAUCUAAUUCUUAUAAUCAUAUUCUUUUUCGUCUGGAGAAAAUCUCAUCCUUUUCUCCAUCGCCAUGGCUCUCUCAACACACCCAUCUCAGAUGUCUGUUGCACUUCCCACUGGAAUUGAUGGGUCGAGCCGAUCUAUGAUUAAGGUGCAAAGUAUAAGCUUCACUGAGAAGUCAUGGGGUCCUCUUCUGAGAUUAGAUUCGAAAUCCAGGAAACUAAGUUUGAAAAAACGGUCCACUAUAUGUAUGUCACUUCAGCAAGCAAGCAGAUCCAAAGUCUCAGUUACUCCUCUAGAACUUGAAGAUCCCAAAGAGACUCCUUUAAACUUGUACAAGCCUAAGGAGCCUUAUACAGCGACGAUUGUUUCUGUAGAGAGAAUUGUUGGUCCACAAGCACCUGGAGAGACUUGCCACAUUGUAAUUAAUCAUGAUGGCAAUGUUCCUUAUUGGGAAGGACAGAGCUAUGGAGUGAUUCCUCCUGGUGAGAAUCCUAAGAAACCUGGUGCUCCUCACAAUGUACGCCUUUAUUCGAUUGCAUCAACAAGAUAUGGAGAUUCUUUUGAUGGCAAGACAGCUAGUCUAUGUGUCCGUCGAGCUCUUUACUAUGAUCCAGAGACGGGAAAGGAAGAUCCUUCCAAAGCUGGUGUGUGUAGUAACUUCUUGUGCAAUGCUAAACCCGGGGAUAAAGUCAAAAUCACCGGUCCUUCGGGAAAGGUAAUGCUUUUACCUGAAGAUGAUCCAAAAGCAACUCACAUAAUGAUAGCUACUGGAACCGGAGUUGCUCCAUACAGAGGAUAUUUGCGGCGUAUGUUUAUGGAGAAUGUUCCUAAUUUCAAGUUUGAUGGACUCGCGUGGCUCUUCCUCGGUGUGGCUAACUCAGACAGUCUUCUCUACGAUGAAGAAUUCGCUGGUUACCUCAAGGACAAUCCAGAGAAUUUCAGGUACGAUAAAGCGUUGAGCAGAGAAGAGAAGAACAAGAAAGGAGGGAAAAUGUAUGUGCAGGACAAGAUUGAAGAGUAUAGCGACGAGAUAUUCAAACUUCUUGACAAUGGAGCUCAUAUCUACUUUUGUGGGCUUAAAGGAAUGAUGCCAGGGAUUCAAGAUACGCUCAAGAGAGUCGCGGAAGAGCGAGGCGAGAGCUGGGAGAAGAAACUUACUCAGCUCAGGAAGAACAAGCAAUGGCAUGUUGAAGUUUAUUGAGUUUUGUAAUAGUAGUCUCUCUGUAUUUUCUACAUCUCUGCAGUUGAAUAAAUUGUGUGAUGAUCCAUUUUUAUGGAUGAUAAGACUCAGAUAGCUUAGACUGAUUUUCUAUUUGAAUGGUUAAGUUAUUG